CUGGUUCAGACGGACAGCGUCUUCUCGGCGGAGGGUUCGACCUGUGUCUGAGGCGACAUGAGCUCUUUACAGUUCAACAGCUUGUUGCUGGAAAUUUCGAACCAGCUGAACCAGGAACAGCUGGAUAGCAUGAAGUUUCUGUGCAAAGACUUCGGGAAAGGAGUGCUGGAGAAGAUCAAGAACGGGACACAACUGUUUCAGCUCCUGACGGAGAAAGACAUGCUGGCAGCCGACAAGACGGAGUACCUGUCCCAGUUGCUCAAAUGCAUUAAACGAAACGACCUCUCGGACAAGUUGAACAGCUGGACGGAAAGUCGGUCUGGAGACAGCGAGGACCAGCCGGACGCGGCGGAGAGAGCCAAACUGAACGUCGCCACCGAUGUGAUCGCCGAGAACCUGGGAAAGAACUGGCGCAAGCUGGGCCGCAAGCUGGGUUUGACCGACGUCAAGCUGGAGUCCGUCUCCAGGAGGCACACGGAUCUGGAGGAGACGGCCAGGGAGCUGCUGAAGGAGUGGAGGAGGAGUCGGAGAGCCGAGGCCCGAGUGUCGGACUUGGUGGCAGCCCUGAGAGCCUGCCAGCUCAACCUGACUGCCGAGAAAGUGGAGGACAGUCUUCUAACCCCCUGAUGUUGACGGGAGCUUUUUACAGAUGAGACUGACAUGAAUUCUGGGAGUGAAAUGAGAGCUGUGAUUAAGCUUCGAGGAAAAAUUAAAUAAAAAUCACCUGAUCAAUAAAUCGACUUCCUGAAUGUCACAAAACAUGCUAAUGGAUUUAUGUUUCAUAUUUUGAUCCGAGGAUGAAAACAGAGAGCUGAAAUGAUGAACCUAAUGUGUUAAUUGUGAUGUGUCACCAAAUGAUCAUUCCACAUGGAGACUUCUGCAGGUGGUGGUGGGUUAGGGCUUGGCAGCACAGUUGGUAUAAAUUACAGUCUUUGGAUGUUUUUUCCUGCUGAUACCAGAAUAAAGUGCGUUGCAGUAGUCGAGUCUGGAGGAGAUAAAUACACAGGUUACCUGGUCCUGGUCAAAAUGUCAAAGUUAGAGAAAGCAGGAGGGCUCAUUAUAAUCGACUAUUAUAAAUUCAUAUUCCAAAGGACUUAAGGGCAUUUUUAUACAUCAGUAUGUAUCAACUAUUCUCAGUAGAGAGUGACAACAGGGUUCAAAUUCAAAAGAAAUCAAAUGUGUGGAGACUUUUGUUUUCUAAAAUCUUGGUUGCCAAUGGCAGCAUAGAGAUCAAUCUAAUGUCAUGUUGUGAGAUUAAAGCCAUAGACUGUGUAAAAGAAGUGGAAGUAGUCAUCGUGACGUCACCCAUUGGUUUGUGGACCGCCGUUAUGAAGCCUCGAGUUUGGCGGUUUGCGUGGUCGCCAUCUUGGAUCACGACCGUCUCCAUCUUGACUUUUUUGCAACGGAUGAACGCAAGCUACCAUAUUUAGAAUGGGGACGAGUGACGUAGAGUCACCGUAUACGUCUCUGGUAGCGGCAGCGAUCUGUCAAUCACAGUAAGCCCGCCCUAAAGCAUACU